AUGGCGGUCGUUGUUGAUCCUUGUGAAAUACUCAACGUUUGUGCGAACGAAACUAACAACAAAACCUACGAGAAUUUGUUAAAGUAUAAAGAAUACUUCCAAGUGCAACCUGACAAGAAAAUUAAAUGGCUAGGAAAUUUUGAUGAACUGAAAUGCUUGAUAUUUGAUUUGUUUGGUGCCGAUGGGAAAUGGAGUUCGCCGAGAGGCUCAGCAAAGGCAUUUCGAAACGAUAAAAUAACUAUUACAUAUUACACCAACAAGAAAUCUUUGUUAUUUCAAGGCCAAGAAGGUAACCGUUUGAAAGAGGUUAUAUUAAAUCAAUCAAGUAAGAGUUCUGACUUGUUUACGGACAGUAUAGUUAGUCAUGAAUCUAUCAUUUGUGUUUCAAACAACGAUAACCUGUUACAUGCAAGUCAAACCGUGGCCAAAACAGCUAAAAUAUCUAUGAUUAGCGACAAUACUAGAUCUAAAAGCGAGGUAACAGAAACAACAUCAGAUUGCUCAACCCUUGAAGAUCUACAAGACUUUAUCGACUUUUCAUAUCAAAAUAUAUUGCCGCUAAGUGAUAAUGCCAAUUUAUCUUCUACCCGAACCUCUGAUUGUUCUACCCCGUCUCGCCCGAGUGUUGGUGACAACUCGCCUGCUAUAGAGAAACUUUUUGGCACUUUCAAAAGGGAGUUUGAAUCUAAGGUCGAAGCCCUGAUUUUCGAACUUUCGGAGCAGAGGGAAACCAUUGACAGAUGUAAACAGGAUAUAUGUAAAUUGACCAGUGAAAAUUUAAAUCUAAAGUCACGCCUGGCGGAACUCGAACAAAAAGCGUUUCCUAAGAAUAAAUCUAAUAACGUUAUUAAAAACGCUGAAACCAACGAUGUUAUUAGUAGCACUCUAUCAUAUUACCUGCCCUCAACUGUCUCAGACGAAGCCCCUAGCACAACUAAUGGUCCUACUAUCAGCUCCCUAGUAAAUAACCACCAA